GGGGCGGGGCCGGGGGCCAGGAGGGGCCAGGCUCGCUGAGCCCCUGGCAGGCAGGAGGCGCCCAGGGGCGCUGGGCUCUGCAGCAUGUGUCUGCGCGUUCGGGACGAUGAGCCCUCCCAAGUCUACCCUGAAGGACCAAGACACCCUCACCCUUCAGAGCUCACUGCCAGACAGUCUGCAGAUAAGCGCAUUCUUUACUUGCGCAACCUGAGGAAACAGAAGAGGAAAUUAAACAAGCAGUUUAUGAGACCAGCUCCCACUCCAGAACCAGGGCUCCUGUGGCCACCUUGAUAAAGCUGGUUGUCUAUCUGGAAGAAACCAUGGACUUUUAACAUCAAGUGGCAUCUCAUGGUUUGACUUCGUUGAAAAAUAAAGGGCAUAAUCUGCCAUUUCAGCAAAAUAAACACAGUGCAAGCAUUUAAAAACCAA